CACCUCCUGGAGCACAGGACCCCGAUCCGGGGGAGGGUCCUGCUGCCUCUCCCAGCCCCGGGGGUGGGGGCUCUAGGUGCCCCCCAGGCUUGUGGCCACAUCCCUCCAUGUGUGCCUCUGUCUUCACGUGCUUCCUAUCUCUCAUGAGGACACUUGUCAUUGGUUUAGGGCCCACCGGCACGAUCCAGAAGCUCUGAUUUGGAGACUCUUACAGAUUCCAUCUCCCAAGCCCCCUUUCCAAAUAAGAUCACACUCCUGCUUCUGGGGAUUCGGACAUGGGCACAUCUUUUGGGGUGCCGCCGUUGAACACACGGCAGACCCUCUCUGUGAAAGGGCAGGGGAGGGCCCAUCUGCGUCCCUUGCUUCCUGGGCCCCCCACUCAAGCUCGGAAUCCCUGGCCCCAGGCUCUGGGGUAUGGUGGCCCCACCUGCCCUCCUGGCAGCUAGAGCUGGGGUUUCUGUGUCUUCCGUGGGGGAUGUGGCAUCGGGGCCCCUCCCUGCUCAGCAUCACAGAGCUCUUUGUUCUGUCACAGCCCAGAACGGAACCCUGGGGCUGCAGCUUCCUGCACUCAGUGCCCCGGGAGCAGGCGGGAGCAGGGGCUGGCGGGAACGAUGCCCAUAGAGCUGAGGAGUGGGCUCCAGCUCCAGCCUGGGCCCCUGAGAGCCAGGGCCAUGACAGCUAGGGGGGAGCCCCUGCGGGAAGCCCUGAAGGCAUCCGCUGGAGACCCUGAGGCUUUGAGGGGGUCCGUACUUGUGAGGAAGGAUCCCAGGAAGAGAGCCAUGCGGGGACCUGUGAGGGGAGCCCGCAGGACACACUGGAAGGGCUCCUGGUGGGGCUCCCUGAGGCUGGUGGCCAGGAGCUCCUGGCGGGGAGCCCCCACGGGGGCUGCCGUGAAGGAGGUGCGGGAGACGCGGCGGCGGCACGAGCGCCGCCUGGUGGAGGUGGACAGCAGCCGGCAGCAGGAGUACGACUUCAAGAUGGCCCAGGCGCUGGACGAGCUGCGCAGCCAGCACGACGAGCAGGUGCGCCUGUACAAGCUGGAGCUGGAGCAGACCUACCAGGCCAAGCUCGACAGCGCCAAGCUGAGCUCCGACCAGAACGACAAGGCUGCCAGCGCCGCCCGGGAGGAGCUGCAGGAAGCGCGCGUGCGGCUCGAGUCCCUCAGCUACCAGCUGUCUGGCCUCCAGAAGCAGGCCAGUGCCGCGGAGGACCGGAUUCGCGAGCUCGAGGAGACCAUGGCUGGGGAGCGGGACAAGUUCCGCAAGAUGCUGGACGCCAAGGAGCAGGAGAUGACCGAGAUGCGGGACGUGAUGCAGCAGCAGCUGGCCGAGUACCAGGAGCUGCUCGACGUCAAGCUGGCGCUGGACAUGGAGAUCAGCGCCUACCGCAAGCUCCUGGAGGGCGAGGAGGAGAGGCUGAAGCUGACCCCCAGCCCAUCGUCGCGGGUCGCCGUGUCGCGGGCCACGUCGAGCAGCAGCAGCAGCAGCGUGUCCACGGCCGGGCGCUCGGGCCGCAGCAAGCGCAAGCGGCUGGAGGCGGAGGAGUCGCCGGGCGCGGGCUCGAGCGGCAUCGGCACCGGCACGGGCAGCAGCAGCAGCACCACCAGCUUCCACCUGGCGCAGCAGGCCUCGGCCUCGGGCGGCGUCAGCAUCGGUGAGAUCGACCUGGAGGGCAGGUUCGUGCAGCUGAAGAACAGCUCGGACAAGGACCAGUCUCUGGGGAACUGGAGGAUCAAGAGGCAGAUCCUGGAAGGGGAGGAGAUCUCCUACAAGUUCACGCCCAAGUACGUGCUGCGAGCCGGCCAGACGGUCACGGUGUGGGCAGCUGGUGCGGGAGUGGCCCACAGCCCCCCCUCGACGCUCGUGUGGAAGAGCCAGGACAGCUGGGGCACGGGCCAGAGCUUCCGGACCGUCCUGGUCAACGCCGACGGGGAGGAGGUGGCCAUGAGAACCGUGAAGCAGUCCUCGGUGGUGCGGGAGACGGAGAACGGGGAGGAGGGAGAAGAGGAGGCCGCAGAGUUCGGCGAGGAGGAUCUUUUCCAUCAACAGGGGGACCCCAGGACCACCUCGAGAGGCUGCUGCGUGAUGUGAACGGGACGUGCCUCAUCACUUGUCUUUACCCAGAGCCACUGAAAACUAUUUUUCUAUCAUUGGCUGUCUUUACUCCUUGAUACAUUUCUAGAGGAUUUCUAAGCAUACUGCCAGAACGCGGGGCGGGUCUCUGGGGUCUUUCCUGCGGGUGGGCUCCCUUGGACACUUCUCAUCACCACUGGCCAGACAUUUUUUUGGUGCCCCAUUUCACCAUUUGGUUGAAUUCGAGGCCGGGGACGGAAUGGCUGACGGGGGGUUGGGUGUGGAGGCCGGAAGACCGGGCCGGGCUGGGCUCAGGGACUACUGUCCCUCUGCCUCCCCCGCACACUGGCUGCUGGGGCCCGCCCUGUGGCCUCUAGUGCACGGAGAGCAGGGCUGCCGUGUCCAGUGAAGCUCCUUAAGAGCCCAGUCCAGAAGCCAGGUUCUGACCUGGGGGGCGGCAGGCGCAUCCCCUGUGGCAUUCUGGUGGCCCGGCCGCAGGUGUGGCAGGGGCCUGGGUGUGGGUUUUGGUGCUCGUCCUGGGCUCUGGGGCUCUGGUGUACUUCCUGGUGUGAUGGAGAGCUGCCGCAGGCCACACCUCCUUUCUGGCUUUUCCCUUCUGGCUGGCUGGCCCUUGGGUUUCUGGAGCUUUCUGUAGUGCAGUUCCUAAGCUUGCAGGACCACGAGGCAGGAGAGAGCUGGAAACCCAGGGAACAGGGACAGCUCCGUUUGGAGACUUGUCACCAGGUAAUGGCCAGGGGACAGGUGGAAGGGGUAGUGGGAUCACCUGGGAAGCAAGUGUCCCCCGGGUCUCAAAGCCACUGUCCACAGGGCACAGCCACUUCCUGCCCUCCCUCAGUGAAGAGGGGGACUUGAUGGUGAGCCAUCAAGCUGGUCUCCCACUCUGUGCCUUGUGCAUGGGGCUGAGUCCUGACCCCCACACUGUCCCGUAUGCUGUGUGUGUGUCUUGCUGUCUGUCCUAGCUUCCGUGGUGACCUUCUCGCUGAAAUGCUGUUUCUCAGAGGCCAGUGCCGGCUGAUUCCACAGGACGGCUCCAGGACCCCCGACCCAGCUCCCGGCUGCCAUGCCGCCUCGGUGGUCCCUCACCGUGUGUACCCCUCCCACACAGAUACACAGAAGUUAUUUUUUUAAUGGAUAUUUAUUUUUUUACAUUGGUCAGUACUCAGAUUGCCGGAUCCCGCUUCAGGCCUCAUGCCAGCGUCCCUGGGGCAGCCCCUCCCCCCAGGGGCUGGAGUUGAGGGGGGCCAUCUCGGUGACCUCUGAGGCCCCAGACGGCAAAUUCCUUCAGAAAGCGCAGCUCAAGUCUUAAAGACGUCAUACUGAGCCACGGAGGCAGCUGCCCCCAGAAGGCAGCCCGUUUACAAGCAGCCCGCGACCGGCCCUUCCCAGCUCGACCGACGCCCUAGGUCCGCAGCACGCCUGCCUCCCGCCUCGGGCGGUCGCCCGUCCCUCGGAACCUGCUUGUGGCCGGAGGGUCAAGGCUUCUGCACCGAGAAUCUGGCCGCAGCCCCUUGCUUGAGGUCUAGUUCUUUCCAUGGCUGCCCGGUACCCAGGCCCGAGGUCGGUCUUUCCCGCGGACGGAAACGGCUCCCCACCAUUCCCCGCCUUUCUGGGGGGCCGUGGGGAGCGCGCCCCGCCCCACGCAGGACCUUCCCCAUGAGAGCCGCAGGCUGUGCAUCCCCCACCCCGCCUUGCCCACUGCGGGCCUGGACUGCAGAGGCGGAGGCCUCGGGAGCGUGGGGCCGGGGUCGUGCAGGCCGUGCGGAUGGGGGGCCUGACGGGCUUCGGGGGGCGGGGGCCGCCGGUGAGCCGUGCGGGGUCCCGGGCGUCCGCACCGGCCCGGAAAGCAGCUCGUAGUUGUCCGCAUUCUUAGGUUUAAGCCGCUUUAAAGGACGCAGGACGGUUCCCUGGGCCGGCCCCCCGCGGUCUGGCCCCCGCGGGAGCACCAGCACGCCCGGCGGGGCUGGGCCGGGGCCGGCCGGCGUCCGUGAACUUGCAUGCCAAACGCGUGGCCCUCCCCUUCUCCUGGGUUUGUAAUACGCAUUCUACGACCGGGCACUUUUGUACGACACGCCAAUAAACAGUCGGUUUUACUGCU